UGCUUCUUAAAUUCUUUGCAGGAUUUUUUCAAAGAAGCUGUUGAUGAAAUGGCAGCGAGAAGCCUGCGGUGCGUUGCCAUUGCAUACAGAUUAUAUGAAAUUGACAAAGUUCCUUCUGAUGAGGAGAGCUUAGACCCAUGGGUUUUGCCAGAAGAUGAUCUUGUUUUGCUUGCUAUUGUUGGUAUUCAGGACCCUUGCCGCCCAAGUGUCAAAAAUGCUGUAAAAGUGUGCAAAGAAGCUGGGAUAAAGGUACGCAUGGUCACUGGAGACAAUCUUCAAACAGCAAAAGCAAUAGCUUUUGAGUGCGGAAUACUUGGUUCUGAAUCAGAUGCUACUGGGCAUACUAUCAUUGAAGGAAAAACAUUCCGUGAUUUUUCAGAAGAAGAAAGGGUACAAAUUGCCAAAGAAAUAACAGUGAUGGGGAGGUCUUCUCCUAAUGACAAGCUCUUGCUUGUUCAAGCACUGCGUACGGGAGGGGAUGUUGUUGCUGUGACUGGAGAUGGCACUAAUGAUGCUCCUGCACUUCAUGAGGCAGAUAUUGGUCUUGCUAUGGGCAUUCAAGGAACUGAAGUUGCGAAAGAAAGUUCUGAUAUAAUUAUCUUGGAUGAUAACUUUGCUUCAGUUGUAAAGGUUGUUCGCUGGGGGCGUUCUGUGUUUGCCAAUAUUCAGAAAUUUAUACAAUUUCAGCUUACUGUUAAUGUUGCAGCUCUCAUCAUUAAUGUUGUUGCAGCAGUAUCGUCUGGUAGUGUUCCUUUAAAUGCAGUACAGUUAUUAUGGGUUAACCUUAUAAUGGAUACGCUUGGAGCUCUUGCAUUGGCUACCGAACCACCAACAGACCACCUUAUGCAUAGAUUGCCGGUUGGCCGAAGGGAACCUCUUAUAACAAACAUCAUGUGGAGGAAUUUAUUUUUACAGGCCUUUUAUCAAGUUACUGUGCUCCUCGUGCUCAACUUCCGGGGCACUAGUAUUCUUCAGUUAAAGAGUAAGACCAGGGAACACGCUAAUGAUGUGAAGAAUACUAUGAUAUUCAACACGUUUGUCUUCUGUCAAAUAUUCAAUGAGUUCAAUGCUCGGAAGCCUGAUGAAAUCAAUGUCUUCCGUGGAGUGACUAAGAACUAUCUCUUCAUGGGAAUAAUUGGAAUAACCUGCGUUCUUCAAAUAAUCAUCAUCGAGUUUCUUGGAAAGUUUACCUCAACUGUGAGGCUCAGCUGGAAGCUGUGGCUAGCGUCUGUUGCUAUUGGCGUUUUCAGCUGGCCGCUUGCUAUUAUUGGAAAAAAGAUUCCAGUUCCCAAGACUCCUCUUUCCACGUACUUCAUGGGGCCAAUUCAGCAAUUGCGAAGUUGUUUUCCUAGGAGACGAUCAUGAAGCUGUUUGUGAUCGUAUUAUCUCGUUAUGGUAGCUUCUGCCAAACAACAAAGGAUAAUGAUGAUCACUCUUAAACCCUAAAUCUUAAACGCAGAAGUAGCAAUGUGGGGUAAUGAUGGUGACAAAAUUGUACUAGUGCAUGAUUUCAAUCUUCCUGAAGCGUUAUGAACCAGAGAAUAUCAUGGCGGUGAAGUAAGUUUGUGGGAAAUCUACGAAUAAUUGUGUUGAUUUGGUAAAGAUUAGAGCACUAACCAUUAUUCCUAGAAAAACUAAUAUCAGUAUAUAUUAAUUGUGAUUCAUUAUUGUCAUUUUUUUGUUUGUACUUUCA